AUGAGACACAAAUAUGUGAUAACAACGUCGACUCUCGUCAAGAUUGUCCAAUUCGUCAAAGAACCUGUUCAAAUACUACAUGGGAAACUGACAAUUAAGGAUGCUACUACAACAGCAGAUAUCUGUGCUGUAAAUCCUGAGAUAGUACAAAGAACAGUGUUGGUUGAGCUGUGCUUCUCAGGUUCUUCUCAACGUUUACACCCUGUUCACAGUGUGCUGGAAAGCUACCAUCCCUUCCCAGAGAGCAGGCAGAGAGCCAGGCAGGUCUGCUGGGCCCAUCCCACUAGCCACAAUCUGGAGGCGUGGUGCAAGGAUGUCAACUUCCUCUUAGCAUUUCAGAACCUUCAGCUCCAACGUUGCUCUCGAUCCUUCUUCUUGAGCAGAGGGAUGAGUCGUUGUAAAGAAUACCUAAAGGGCUUUCUAGCCCAGGUGGAAGCUAAGGCUGGGCAGGAGAAAGGGCAGCUGGCUGAGGAAUUCCAGGAAAUCAAGGCCCGAACGCUAGCAUUUCGGCAACAGCAGGCCAUUUCAGCUGAGGCUGGGUGCAACAAGGAGAAUAUCAAGAAGAACCGUUACAAAGACAUCCUACCCUAUGACCAAACCAGAGUUCUUGUGAAUUUACUAGCAGAAGAAUGCCAAACAGAUUACAUCAAUGCCAGUUUCAUUCAGGGUGUGGACAACAAGAGAUGCUAUAUCGCUACUCAGGGGCCUCUUGCCCAUACAGUGCUUGAUUUCUGGCGUAUGAUCUGGCAAUACAAAGUGAAGGUGAUUGUCAUGGCUUGCCGGGAAGUAGAAAUGGGCAAGAAAAAGUGUGAAUGUUACUGGCCUUCUUCAGAGGAAGCCUUGCAUUUUGGACCCUUCUCUGUGGCACAGGUCAAAGAGCAGGAACUUAACCCAGAUGUCAUUUUGCGGGUACUUACCCUGGCAUUUCAGCAGGAAGAACGGGUGAUUUCCCAUUUCCAGUAUGUGGCUUGGCCAGACCGAGGCAUCCCAGACACUUAUGGUUACUUCCUCAACAUGAUUGAGCAAGUGAGAUUCAAGCAGGGUGAGGACACCGCACCCAUCUGCGUGCACUGCAGUGCUGGCUGCGGUCGGACAGGUGUGAUUUGUACAUUGGAAUAUGUACGGCAGCUGCUGCUUAAAGAGAGGAUUUCUCCAUAUUUCAGCAUUUUUGAUAUAGUCCUAGAAAUGAGGAAGCAGAGGCCAGCUAUUGUUCAGACCCAGGAACAGUAUGAGUUUGUGUAUCGUGCAGUCACUGAAAUGUUCCGGGAUGCCCUGGCCAUUUCCUGCCCAAAUUAUGAAAAUCUCAAAGAGAACCGUCUUCCCCUUUAUGACGACGCCCUCUCCCUCCGGCAACCGGCUGCUCCCUUGCUCAAGCGAAGCUCCAUCCUCCGGAGCAUCUCGGUGCCUGCUGAUCCAACGCCAGCACCACUUCCUGAACAGCCAAGAAAACUUGUCAAGAACAUGGGUGAUACUUACGCUGUUGUGAACAAACUCCGGCGAAGUGGAGCAGGAGCUUCUUCUGUUUCUCCUGCCAGUGAGGACAAGUCCACUGGAGAGGCACAGCUUUAUACAGCGGUGAAGCCACGCAAUAGCAACGUGGUUGACUUUCCAUCAAUAGAUCCCAGUGGCUUUGUAGGAGUACAGGCCAGUCACUCUCUGCCUGGAAGUCCUAUACACAAGGCAUCUCCAAAUACAGCUUGUGAAAAUGCCCAUCUUAGUUCAUCUCUGACAGGAGAGUCCAGUUCUGGAGUCACCUCAUCUCCAUCUCAUACAAAUGGACUUGGGAAAAAUCUUCUCAGGAAUCUGAUGCCCCCAGUUUUUAUCUCCUCAUCUGGAAAAAAAGCAUCAUUGUCUCGGACUGUCCCCACGCAAAUGUAUGAGGAUGUGGCCGACACCCCACUCAGGACUUGCUCAAAUACUGCAGGGUCUUCUACCAUGGGAUUUAACAUCCGGAUCGGGAAGCCGAAAGGACCAAGAGAUCCUCCUGCUGAGUGGAGCAGAGUAUAGGCUGCACUUCCGAGGACACUCUUUACAGCAGGAAGGAAGGAAAGCUGCUGCUUCUACAAAAGAGGAGCACUAAAUACUACAUGCUCACCUCCUUCAUAAGGAGCAACUACGCAAAAAACAGCAAGUUUUUCUGACCACAAAGAGGACAGUUACUAUGAGCAUUAAAGCUCAGGACAUUUCUACGAAGACCGAAUCCUCCAGUUAGAAGAACUUACUUUGACAUUAACUUUUCUUAACCAGAUCUUGUUUACUUAUGGGAGCCAAGAGUGUGGCUGGCUUGGAGAUUUUCAGCAAUAAUUAUUUAGACCCAAUACUGGGUAUAAUCAUGCCAAGAAAAUCCAGAACAGUUAGCCAAUUAAACAAAAUAUAUGGCUAUUAAUGUAAUGUUCUCCUUAAGUUACAGCCACUGAAGUAAGGAUAAGCCUUAUUGGAUGCUACUUAUUGUAUUUGAGCAUUUAUGUUGUUUGAUGGUUUUAACUUACAUAGGGUGUGAGCCUAACAUGGGGCCAACACUUGGAUGGUCUCACUUUCUAAUGGAAAGCACAGAAAAAAGAAACCAGACCUAAGGGAGGAUUAUUGUAUAUAAGUUAUAAAAGUUUGGUGUUGAAGAAAGGGUAUCUCUCAUACAAUUACGCACUUCCAAAUAAUUGUAUCAGAAUGGAUUUUGCUAAUUCAGUCUUCAGAAGAAACGUAUUCUGCAUGACCAUAUGAAGAGAUAACUACACUAUUUUGAAAGGAAUCUCUAAUUCUUUGUCCCACAUAUUCCUCUUCAACAGAGUUUCUAAUGCAACUCUGAUAACCUUGUAAUGUUAAGUGAUCAUGCUGCGUGUGGAUUAGUUAGCUGACUAGUUUAGUGAAUUACAAUCCAGACAUUUGGGGUGAAUUCAACAGACACAUCUGGCAAAGCAAAAAUAAUAGAGCAGGUGAGGAAAGUUUCCUAUCCCAUUUUGCUAUCUCUUUGUUAGUCCUAUUUAUAUGUCUAGGUAACAUUACUACAAUAGACAACAAAAGAGGAAAGAGGUUGUUGUAGAAAAAUUGUAGGCAUGAAGUAAUAAAAACCAAUUGGAGGGCCGAGAAAGGAUAAGAGUCAUAAAAUGCUAUAGUAAAUUACAGUGAACAUGU